CGCCUCUUGUGAGUCACUCAAUUUGAAAUAUGUCAGCAUUGGUUUCGAAGGUUGUCACUUCAGAACACCCAAAUUGUUUAAGAAUGAUUUUCUAUACUCAAAUUACAGUAUUCUAUAUCCAAAAUGUCUGUGAGGCGAGUUAAUCACAUUUCAGUGAGCAAAGUUUGACAUUUUGGUUCUUGGAAAACUCUCAAUCAAGUGGAGGGAGUUCAAAAUCCGAAAUCAGUAUGAAUGCCAGAGGAAGGUCGAUGGCGAGAUCUUUGGACCGAUCCAGUUACCAAUCUACUUCUGAGCCAGAAAGGCGUUCCAGCAGAGCUCAGUCAGAAACCAGAGAAUCGCAAAGAAACAUUUUUUACGAUGCUUUGCCUCCGACAGAAAUCGCUCCGAUUAUAGACGAUUCUGUCGGAAACGAUGGACCUUGUGGUCCAGGGAUAGACGUUUACGGAAAAGUUUUGGGGAGUACGGCCGAUGAGACGAUUCUUGUUGGGCUUCGACUGAUUCGAAGAAUGGGUUCCGCUCAAAUUUCGGCGUCUGGGGAUGCAGGGGAAGAAUCUGAAACCGAUACCUUAACAGAA